CACAAGAAAAACAACGAGGAGGGAGGACCGUGUACCGGGAGUUCGGUGAAAGGGGGCAAAGGAACGACAAAGAACAGAGAGAAAUAGAAUGUUGGCGAAAGGGUAAUGAAGAGGGAGGGAGAUACUUGAUCUCUGACGCACACAUGUUGCAUCCACGCGACGAAGGGCCUCCGCUCUCAUGGCCCAGCCGGCACUCCACGAGAACGAAGCGCGCCAACAGUACGACGAUUGCAUUCGCGGGAAGAUCGACUUUUCGCGCACUGUAAACCGAAACGGGACGUGUUCAGCAUCCCGAUAGAAAAAAAAAUCAGUAAGCACACGGCGUAACUCGAUCGAAGGAGAAUCGCAUUGUUGCGGUCGAGGAGUCUUCCACGGGCAGGCAAUCGCGAACAAUAUCCAAAUCGACAGGAUAAGCACGGUGACAGCAUGGCGCAUCCAAAGAAAUUCAGGAAUUGCAUGUCGGAGAACAUGCUAACGCUGUUGACGGUGCUCGGUGUUGUGGCCGGUGUUAUUCUUGGAUUCAUUCUAAGGCAUUCUAGGGACGAGCCAUGGACGAAGCGCGAGAUAAUGUACAUCCAGUUUCCAGGAGAUAUUUUUCUCAGGAUGCUGAAGGCCCUCAUUUUGCCAUUGAUCGUCGCUAGCAUUGUUAGCGCGAUCGGUGGUUUGGAUCUGAAUUUAUCCGGAAAAAUCGGUAUACGAUCGAUUUAUUAUUAUGCAUCGACGACGAUAUCUGCUGUGAUUCUCGGUAUAAUAUUGGUUCUCAUUAUUAAACCUGGGGAGUUUAGCUCGCAUGGUUUAACUACAAGCGAUAAGGUGAAACCGCCUAGGAAUGUUACAACUGUAGACACAUUAUUAGAUCUAGUCAGAAAUGUAUUUCCUCCGAAUCUUGUACAAGCCUGCAUCGCUCAAUAUCGUACGAUAUUAGUGGAGCCUGAAAAUACAACAGUAAACGAUAUACGCGACUGGGACAUAUCUCAUAAAUAUGGAGAUGGUACAAACACUCUAGGUUUAGUUAUCUUCGGAAUUGUAUUCGGUAUAGCACUUAGUAAAAUGGGAGAAGCUGGAAAACCUCUUCUAUCGUUUUUCGAGACGUUAUCCGAAGCAUCGAUGCUUAUCACUAAAUGGGUCAUCUGGGUCUCCCCGAUUGGUGUGUUCUUCCUUGUUGCCUCGAAACUUUUAGAGAUCGAAGAUAUUGGUGCUAUCGUAGGGCAAUUAGGUUUAUACUUCGUCACGGUAUUACUAGGUUUGAUCAUCCAUGGUUGCGGAACUCUUUCCGUUAUAUUCUUCAUUUGCACCAGAGAAUUGCCGUUUAGAUUGCUUGGAAAGAUGGGUCAAGUCCUAGCCACAGCGUUUGGUACUUCAUCAAGCACAGCUACCCUGCCAGUAACGAUACAGUGUUUAGACAAUAUUGGUGUAGAUCCCAGAAUCACAAGAUUCGUCGUUCCAAUUGGGGCCACUAUCAAUAUGGAUGGAACGGCGUUGUACGAAGCCAUUGCCGCGAUUUUUAUAGCUCAAGUUAGAAAAGUCCCAUUGUCUCUCGGCAAUGUUAUUGGUAUUAGUAUAACAGCUACUGCAGCGAGUAUAGGGGCUGCUGGCAUCCCACAAGCUGGUCUUGUUACAAUGGUUAUGGUUUUGGACACGGUAGGUUUACCGGCUGAAGAUGUGACACUGAUCAUUGCGGUCGAUUGGCUCUUGGAUCGUUUCCGAACAACAGUAAACGUUAUAUGCGACGCACUUGGCGCUUACGUCGUCGAGCAUAUGAGCAGGAAAGAACUUGAAGUAGCUACAACUUUCCAAGAAGAAACGAUCGAACUAGCCAGAGUAAGGAAAGCCGACGCAUAAUAUGGCUGUAUUUCCUGUUAAUACAAGUUUGCCAUGAUAUUACGUAAACACAAUUUUACAGUGUUUAUAUGUUUUGUACUUUAUAGUCAAUUAUUUGUACUAAUGUAUACUCAUGCUGGGUGCAGAUCUUUUCACAUAGUGAUCUAUGCAUAUUUAUAUAAUUGUUAAAUGACGUUAUUAGCAAGAUACUUAUGUAGAGAUUUAAAGGAAAACGGUUAAGCACUAAUGUACUUUAAAAGACAAUAUGCAUUCAUUUCGAUUCUCACAAAUAUGUUUAAAUAUAUUGUUCUUUGUUUUCUUUCGUUGUAAUGCUUUAUUACAAAUGUUUUAAUGUAUAAAAUCAAACUACAGCAGUGCCCGCAUAAUUGACCGGUCGUGGUCAUUUAUGUGGGCAUAGUUACUUCUCAGAGUUCAACGAAAAUGAGGAAAGAUAGAUGGCACUCGAAAUCGUACAUACAAUGUAUCGAUAACGAUCGGCGUCAAGUAACGCUCGACUUUAAUUUCAAGUAACGCGGCCACCUAUGCGGGCACUACUGUAUUACGUAACUCAUAAUAUUAAAACAUUCCAUAUAUUUAUUGAAUACAGCAAAUAUAAAAAAAAAUUAUAUUGAAUAUUGUUUUUGCAUAUUUCAUUUUUGUACAUACGUAGUAUUUAUUACACAGAUUUUAUUAAUAUAAGUCUCAAGAAAUCGCUUGUAAACAUAUAUAGAAAUGUACUUUUUUAAUUAAUUUUGUGAUUAAACUUUAUGCAUACUUUAAUUCACAAGUGUCUUAACAUUC